AGUGCUACGAGGAGAUCGUGGCGCUGGAGCGGGCCGAGGACCGCAUCGCCAAGCUGGAGGAGGAGAACGGCAGCCUGCGGGAGCUGGUGGAGGACAUGCGGGCCGCCCUGCAGAGCAGCGACGCGCGCUGCCUGGCGCUGCAGGUAGGACUGCGGAAAAGCCACGCUAACCAUAAGGAAGAGGGAUCCUGUUUUAUAGGGAGUAAGAAACUGUUAACACAGAACCACUCCCAGACCAAGUGCCUUCAGAGUGUCCUGAAAGAAGUAGAACUCAUCCGGAGCUCCAGGGAUGGGCAAAUCGAAGAAGCAAUUAGAUUCAAUCAAGAACUAGAACGAGAGCUGAAGAGCUCUCAGGAAGCACUAGUCAGUCUGGAAGACUGCAACCGUAACCUGAAGAGGGAACAAGCAGAAAUGAGGAAAAAGGUGGAAGAGGCGAGACAGGCAGUCCGUAACAGUCUUGGCAAAGUGAAGGAGCUAGAAGUAAAAGCUAACGAAGUGCCACAUUUGCAAGUAUACAUUCAGCAGCUAGAAUCUGAACUGCAGCACUGUAGAUCAGAAAUUGUGAAAUUUCAGCUUGCUUCCAGAAGCAGCCCAGAACAGAAAGAUGCAGCAGCUCUGUCAGAUGGAAGAUGCUGCUUCUCUGCUGUACAACAAGAUCGAACAUCUCCCACAGGCAGAGCUGGGAUUUCUGAAAACGAUGAGCAGCUGUUCCGGGCAGUGGAGGGCCAGGCGGCCUCUGAUGAAGAGGAGGAGAAGUGGGCAGGAGACCAGCAGCCCCAGGCAGCCUACGUAAAGGAAAUAGCGGCCAAGCUCCCUUGCUGUGGCAGUGGAUGUGAUGAAAAAAAACGGAAAAAGUUCAUGACUUACUUGGAGACCAGCAGUGCUGAUGGCUAUGAAGCUGCUGAGGAGCUAGAGGAACGAAUCAGCCAGCUCAGUGAGCAGCUGGAGCUUAAGGGGCACGAGGUGAAGAAACUGGAAACAGAUAUGGAGGAGAUGAAAGGCCCAUUGCUAACUGAACUGCAGCAAAAGGUGGAGGAAACGGAAAUGUUGAAGAUGGAGCUACAGAUGUUGGAGACUGAGAGAGUUAGGCUGUCACUGGUGGAAGAAAAGCUCAUGGAUGUUUUACAGCUUCUUCAACAGCUGCGAGACUUGAACAUAUCUAAGCGAGCCUUGGGGAAAAUCUUGCUGAGCACUUUGGAAUCCUGUCAUGACCCCCAACAUGGAAAAGCCCACCUGUUUGAAGUCCUAGAUACUCUUUACCACGAGUUGACAGCCUGUGAAAUCUUACAAAGCCAGCCUCUGGAGGAGGCUCAGAGUCGCCAGUCCUUGUCUAACCCACUGGUCAUCUCCUGCUGAGCAGCAGUGCCAGCUACAGCCACACGACCAACUGAGCAACAGCUCUCAUUCAUUCAAACACGGGAUGAGUGAAUAAGAUUUGUCAAAUUCAAAGUAGCUCAGUAAUGGAGAAGAGCAAAAGAAUAAUAAAGCCAUGAUAUCAAACAUCUGCUAUUUCUGGGAAGAGCGUCGGUUUCUCAGCUAACAUCAUGUCCUCCCUUAAGUUACAGAGCAUUACCUUACUUAGCAGCCUAGCCAUCCUUGCACAACGGUCCUGGAACUGAACUGGUUAACCAAAUAAAAAGAAUUCCAAAUACAUCAACCUGACCCAUUUAGAUUUACAGCCCUGGUUACAUGCUGCCUGAGCACAAAUUCUAGCUUUUGUGAUAACUCAGUUCAGAAGCAAAAAUCUGCCUAUGUAUUCAAUGGCAAGUAAACUGCUUCUGUAACAUACAAGUAACCAAAUGACUAUAUUAAAAACAUACACUCAAGUGUAUGCCAGUAGUGCAGGUCUUAAGGACUCAUGUAUAAAACAUAUUUGUGUGCUGUAUAUGCAAUUCAAUUAUUCACUUUAUUUAAUGCUAAAGAUAGAUUUGCUAUUGCUAUGCUGAAUUUCAUAUUUGCAAUUACACAGAUGCCUACAAUAGCCUUUGCUGACAAAAGUCUUAGAUUUUAUAUUAAAAUUUGCAUUUUACUUCUUGAAAAAGGUAUAAUACAACACUGCUCCCCAGCCCAAGGGCAAGGACUGAAACACUCACUUUGCAGCAGCUGCCAUUGUUGCACAAGCAAAAGCCACGUGCACUACCUGACCUUGUUUUCUCAUUUAAUUUCCCUCAGUACAAGUGGGCUCACACAAAGAUGGGCCCCACUAGCAAACAAAUUAAAGUAAAAUGCUGAGCCUAACCAUGGUGUCAUUUUAAUCAGCAACAGAAUAAUUCCUGGGGGCAGAAUUGGAAAAAAAAUACAUAUUGCUUCUAUAAUACUUUCACUGUUUCAUUCAACUCUCAAACAUAGAAACUAAAGGAGUCCCUAAACCAUUCAGUUGAACUUAUGUUAUUUAAAAAAUGCACUGGAGAUCUUCUAAGAAUAUGAAUUUAUUUGCCUGAGAUAGGCAUGAAAAUUGAUUUCAUAUGAAAAAAAAGAUUCGUGCCACAAUCCAAUUUGGGGAUUAAGAGGCUUUCUAUUUCUUUUUGUUCAUAAUGCACUCUAUAGCUUAUAUAUGCCUAGGACUUUCCCAGGAAGAGAGAAAAUGUCAUGAAAUUAUUAAAUAAGCAUGAUCUAUGUGCAGGGGCACUUCAGAAAUAGGUUUACAAUGCACAUACAUACCUGAUUAUGGCUACCUUCAUGUAUUGCAGGAUUCUAUCAGCAUCCAAAUUAGUAAUAUUUACUGCAUAUAUACAUAUGCAUGUGUACUUGUAUUAUGUAUACUUAACAAUGUCUUAAUAGUGCUACGUUAAUUGUAUAUUUUUUGAAUCUUUUCCACCGAGUUUCUACUUAACCUUCUCAUCUAUUUCUAGAAACCUAGAUGUAAGCAGACUGAUGUGCUAAUGACAAAAGAGGGGAGGAGCAAUACAGUCUGAGUGAGUGCUGCCCAGCUCAGCCAAGCAGCAGUUGAGCCGUAAACAGAAAUUGAAAAAUGUCACUUAUCACCUAAGCUGGUGUUAAGGAAAUAGCAAACAGCUGAGAUAAAUGGAAGAUUUUCUGAAUAAACAGACACCAUUUAAAUGACAAAAGAAAUACCUAAAUCAUAUCUUGUUAAGUUAGUCUCAAAUAAGGACAUCUUUACUUCCUUAGAAAUGGCUAUAUCAAAAUGAUUUUUGAUACAUCAGCAUAUCCUGAUUAAUCUUUAGAGUUGGACUUCUCUCUGUUAUUUUCAGUGUAGCUGGAGAGAAUGUUUCAUUGCUGCAGCAAUUCAGGUGCAUACAAAAAAGGCUGAUUAUUUUAACUUCAAAAGGCAAUUUAUGAGGAGCAAGUCAAACUUACAGUAUUUUCUAAGACGAAUGUGUUCUUCAGGAUGGAUCAAGAGGCAGCUCUCAAAUCCUGUAAAUCAGAGGCAGAAUAAAGCAUUUUUAAAGACC